AGCAGGGUAAGCUAUGGUUGUUUUUAGUUCAUUAGACGGUUCCCCGUCUAUGAACAUUUGUAGUCACGUGUACGUUGAGGUCGCUACCCAGAAGUGGAUUUGUCAGAGUCACCCAUCUUAUCAUGGCAUGGAGGAUUUACAUCGAAUACAAGAUGAAGUAACAGCGGUACUGGAAGGUGCUGAACUAUGGACCCAGCUCAAACAGUUCCAGAAUGAAAUGGUAGUCGGCCCUCAGGGCAGGCGCAUGUUCCCGAACUUCAACGUGAGACUAUCAGGACUAUCGCCCACCAAGUUUUACCACGUUUUCAUUGAAGCACGGCCAACAGACCAAAACAAAUUCACUUUCAACUACCAAACCACCAGUUGGAUAGUAUCUGGACCCGCAGAGACAGAGAGCAACAAAAGAAUCUAUUAUCACCCUGAAACUCCUCUCCAAGGGUCAGGCUGGAUGCGAAAGCCGAUUUCUUUCAAAACUCCCAAAUUCACUACUGGUCAGCAGGAAGGAAACAUGAUCGAGAUAAAGAAAGGACAGAAGUACCUGCUAUCUCUGCACCUUGUUGAAGUAUCAGAUGAUCGCAACAUCCCUAAUAAGUGUUUAGACUUCGUGUUCGACGAAACGGAGUUCGUUACAGUCAGCUGCCAUCAAAAUCAGGUAGUCGCAGCUACGAAAAUGAACCGUAAUGGUCGAAUUACCUCUGUCUGCCACUAGUUGUUAUACUGGAGAGAUUACCGUAGAAACUGUUAUCUUCGACGUUAUCUGGUGCCGACUCCGUUAUUCCCUGUUAUCCAAUAACAGAUAUGUUCUCUGACACCAAAUCUACCAUAUCGUUAGUAUUACCAGAUUCAGAACAGUUCGUCCAAUUUACGAUAACAUGGAUAUUGCUUAGUGCUUACCCUGGCAACCGAUAUGCCAUCGGCGUCCUAAUCUUUUUGUUUUGAAAUGUAACUUUAAAAGCACUUUGAAAGGAGCUGAGUUGAUUAAAUUUUUUAACUGUAAUUUUAAGUGCACUUUUUAAAAAAGGGGCUGAGUUGAUUAAAGUAUUCCCAGUUGAAAUUGGCUCGUGAAAUAACUGAACAUAACAUCUUUUUAAUAUUCUAUUCCUUAUUUAUUACGCACCUUUUCGUGGAGCCGAUUUAAACUAACCACACUUUAAUUGAUUAAAUUUACACGUUUUUAAUUUCUUGUACAUCACAUGUUUUGAUUGGUUAUUUUUGAUUGAAUUCUUUUGCUCAAAAACUUACAA